GGGUAAUAGAGAUUAGAAUGCGCUGACUGAGGGCUAGCCACUCGGUGAUCCUAUUCCCUCUAAAUUAUGUAUGUUCCUCACUUAAAGUGCCAGGGAUUCCACAAAUUAUUUUUUCAUUUCUGUUUUGGAUAAAUACAUAAACGCAGCUGUGUACAAAGGCAGACGUUUCAUUGCAGAGCAUGGCGAAGUCUGCAUAUUCUCCCACACUUACCUUUCUCUCAUCUUCUAUUUUAUUUCCAACAUCUACUUUUAUAUCUCACAAGCGCAUUACAACAUCCAAAAUCAGACACUGCCAAUCAUUUCCAAUUCUUUGCAAACAACCUAGAAAUAGUUACAGUCUAUUAAAUUUCUCAGGAUGCAGAAACUCCCAACAUUUUUUGCAAAGUGCAAUCCAAGUACAAGUCAACCAUGGGAUACAAAUGUUGGAGAGGGAACCCCAUGUUACCCAGGCAGAGAGUGUUGUAGAUGAAAGUCAGCUGGUUGAAGUGGGGUAUAUAUGCAAUGUUUUUGGUCUUCAUGGAGAAGUCCGUGUCCAUCCCAGCACAGAUUUUCCAGAACUGCGUUUUGAGAAGCCAGGAGUAAGAUGGCUGAAAACUCAACGCUCUGGGACUGUAACAAUUCAAGAGUUUGAACUUAUAAGUGGAAGAAGUCACCCGGGAAAGAAGCAAUGGUUACUUAGUUUCAAGGGUGUCAAUUCUGCAGAGAAGGCAAAGGAAUUAGUAGGAGCCACCAUGUUUGUUAGGGAUGAUGAUAGACCGGCUUUGGAUGAGGAUGAAUACUACAGUCGUGAUCUGGUUGGCAUGAGUGUUGUGUUAAAGGAUACGAAUGAGCUGGUUGGUACUGUUGUGGACAUUUUUAACACUGGAGCUAAUGAUCUUCUGUCGGUAAUAUUGAGUGAAACUAAAGACAAUGUUACUGGUGCAAAAACUCCAGCAGCAGAUGAAGAAAACUCUGCCCCUCUUAUAUGGAUUCCAUUUGUCCAAGAUAUUGUUCCAGAUGUUGAUAUCCAGAUGAGGCAACUUCGUAUCACUCCACCAGAAGGACUUCUAGAGUUGAACUUGCGUCCAAAAGGCUUGACAAGUGGGGAUAGACGCCGAGAGGAAAUCAAGCAGAAGAGAAAAACACGGCAGAAAGUUGCAGGCAUUAAAAAGAAAUUGCAUGAACUGGGACAGGAGCAUAUUCUAAUGGGGCUUUCAACAGGUAAUGAGACGCAGAAGCAAGCUCUUUUAGACCAGCUUUCAAGAUUUGACUUCAAACUUUUCAAACAUGCAUUGCAAGAGGCAUCUGGAACUUAUGAUAGAUCUGAUUUGUCUCGACAUUUGGACACAAAAUUGACAAGAAACUUGUUCUUAGGUUUAGAUCACUUGAGGAAAAAUAAUCUUCAGCUUGGGAGAAAAGAAUACAAGAAUAAAGAUAUAUUACAGCUGCGUAGGGAGGGACUAGAGCUCAUUGUCCGAGGUCAAGUUGCAGUAGUUCUACUUGUAGAUGAAAAAGAAUUGCAGAAUUUGGAUGGCAAAAAUGAAAUCACUGUGGAUCAAAUGUUUUUACAAUCUCGGGCAGAAGAACUCCUCACAAUUCAGAAGCUUGCAAAUUCAGGUUCUGCUGAAAAUUCUUCAAUUCCCCUUAUUAUUAUAGCAACAGAAGAUACAAUUCCAUCUCUUCAAUUGAAUUUUGAAGAUCAUGAUUAUUUUGGCCUUGAGGAGGAACAGGUAUGGUUUGUAACACAAGGGAGUUUGCCUUGUGUGGGUAGCUCGAGUGAUAAAGAGGAAUACAAAAUCCUUAUGGAAUCUUCUUGGAAAAUAAUUGAGGCACCAAAUGGGCAUGGAAACAUGGUCAGAUCUUUAUUGGAACAAGGAGUUCUUGAACGGUUGACAGGAAAAGGCAUACAAUUUGUACAGAUAUGCACUAUAAAUGAGCUUAAUUUGGUUGCCGAUCCAGUAUUCCUUGGGCAUAUGCAUAAACAAGGGACAGAUGUAGGAGUUAAACUUUUUGCUCAAGAAUUUCAUGGCCAAUCUGAACAAGCUGCAAGUACAAAUCGUAUGGACCUUAAACCAUACAGUUUGCCAUACCAGAGUGGUGAAAAUGGCUAUAUUCUGAUCUCAGAGGAAAGUGAUGCACAACCACAGUUUUUCACAACAGGGUUUCAAAAAGAGAAUGCAUGCCUCGAUAUAAUCUUGUCGAUAAGUUAUUUGCAGAAACUAAGUAAGAAACUGUAUCAAAUGGAACACUAUAAAGAGAAAAGGCAUUUUGAUUGCCUGAAAGAAGAAAAUAGAGAAAUAGAAAAUGCAUAUCAAUUACGAUCUUCCAUCUAUAGUUUGUUGAAAUUCUCUCCUUCUAAUAAAGUUAGUCUGAUUUUGUAUCAUUAAUUUAUUAAUGCUGGAAAUUUUAUUAGUGCAGAAACAAAUACCAUCCUUGUGAAGUUGCUAACAUGUCCAUUUGCUUGGAUCCUUGUAUAUGUGCAACCAAUUAAUAUUACUAUUGCAUUAUUGAAGAGUUUACAUUUAGUUUU